AUGCCUCCUUCAACAUCUACAACUUCAUCGUUUACCAAACUUCUUAGAGGAAAAGAAACAUCAGCACAAACUAUUGCCAUUGCUUCAACUUUGGAUCAGCCAGCAUUGCCUUGGAUUCAGCAGCUACUCAACUGUCGAGAUCAGAGUAAAUCGGUGUUGGUCUUGGUUUGUCUACAGACGCAUCCUCAAGUAACACUAAAAUACUUUAAAAGCCAGUCAGAGAAUCGAUAUUCCAGUGUGCAUUUGAUUGAUGUACGAUCUAGCAUUGUGCCAUUGACCAACUCGCACAGCUCAACUUUGACUCAAUCACCAUUGGAUUCUCAAACUAUUUCAUUUACCGAUUCGUUCCAUCAUGAAUACAUUGGAGUUGGAGAUCUUGUAAGCUCCGUAGAUCGUAUUAUCAAAUCAUCUACUGCCUCAAUAUCAGUGCCUAUACAUAUGGAUGUUCACAUAUCCAAAUUAAAGCAGGUGUACGGUCCUAAAUUAAAUGUCAUAUUGAUGCAGCAUGCCGAUGUGUACAUUUCAUUGUUUGAUCCGCCAGUAGACUAUGAAGGUGCCCAGGGCUUAGCAGAGCUGAUUUUAAAGAAAAGAUCAGGAAAGGUCAUUCGCGAAACAAGUGCAUAUCGAUUUUCCAAAAACAGUCAUUCAAAGUUACUUGAGCUAGUUUUCCUACCAUUCAAUCAUUUAAAAACAGACCCAUCUGCAACUCUUGGUCAUAUUGAUCAAACAACUGCAAUAGCAAGUAAUGCUGCAGAAAGUGCAUUUCCAGAAAAGCCAGAUCCAACUUCCAACUUGUCUUUCAAUCUAUCUCUUACAAGUAUUCAACGUACACAGCGUUCACAAGUUGUUUUACCGUAUUUACAGGCUAGAGGGAAUGAACAUGUAAUGCAAAAUCAUCCUGAAGUUUCAAGCGGUGGAGGGAUCAUUCAUUAUCAGCAUGACGACGCCGAUGAUUAUGAUGACGAGGAUCCCGAUGAUGAUUUGGAUGUAUGA